AUGAUUUUCCUGGUAAACUCUACCUAUCACUUAUGGGUUCCUAUUUAUAUAUUCAAUGGCGGAGAAUACAAGUCACCUGUUAUGGUUACUCUAAUAAUUUUUGAGUUUCUGAUAUCCGUAUUCUGUGUUUUGUACACUCUGAAACUGUGCGAAUUGAUUUGGAAGAUCCGAGUUUUCCAUGUGAACAUGAGCAUUUUGGCUGUCGCAUAUCUGAUUCAAUACAUUGAAUGUUUUGUUGGAAAAUGGUUGAUGAUGGGCCAUCAAACGGGUUUGAUCGGAGUGGAAGGUGUCCCAUCUAACAGAACUUACAUGAAUUGGUGGACCAGUGAUCAAUUUUCCAUUCCAAGAGUUCAAAAUCCAUCUGAACUGCUUCCCCUUCUCAUCGGCGGGUGUCUCAUCUGGCACUAUCUAUUUUCAAUGAUCGGUUUCAUUUUCUCAUUUUGUGCCGAACGAGCAAUAGCCACUCUGCUAUCAGGAGAUUAUGAAAAGCAUCAACGAAGAUACAUUUCGUCAACAAUUCUGAUCAUUUCUCAUGUGAUAACUAUCUAUUUGAGUUAUCAAACUUUCACAGAGAAAGUUGAAUUUGUGCCAACAGUGAUGGGUUGUAUGAUAUGUGUAUCUACGUCUUGUGUGACGUUUGUAAUAAUAAUGAUCGUGAAUCUCAAGAUAAAUAAACUUCAGUCCAGUUCAGGAGGUUUGAUAUUCUAUACUCUGGCAUUUCGGUUUCAAGUCAAAGAAAAUAUCAGGGCAUUGAAGUUAGCAUACCGGGUUUUAGUUUGUAUUGGAGUGUAUAUAUUUGUAUUAUGUAUAGUUCUAUUCACACUGUUCUUCGAUGUAUUUCCGUCGCUCAAUCAGUUUCUGAUAUUUCUUCUCGAGAAUUGCAUUUACUUAAACCCUCUUGUCAUCUGUUCCGUCGUCUUCUAUUCCAUCGAACCAUGGCAGAAAGCCCUUAUCCGCGAGUGCCCUAUUUUCAAGUCACGUGUCUUCGUCUGCAUCUUUUCCAGCUCAAAACUUGGAGCAGUCAGCUCAAAAUCUUCGUUUGGUUAUCAGCAAACGACUGAUCUAUACUUCACACAACUUCAAACAUCUUGGCUCAAAAAAUGA